AUCAGUUUACCUGUGCAAGAUUGGUUUAUCAAUGUAUAGGCUAGUCUUUAUAUCCACUCAUAGGCCACCAAAAACAUCCACACAAAUAGAACGUCUAAGGGCCAUAUGUUGUUACACGGUGAACAUUUUAAGAUUAUGUAUAUAUUAGGCAUUUGAAUUAUAUAUUAUAGGUUGAUGAUUCAUUUAUUUUCCAAUAAUUGAUAUGUAAUGGGAUUGGAAAAAUAAUGAUGGACCAGACCGGGAUUUGAACCAGGGCCCCCUGAAUCUCUAGUCAGGUGCUCUACCAAUCCCGCUAUAUGGUACUUGUAUUAUCAAAACAGUCUGACCAUAACAUAACUCUACCCUUAUUAAAAUGAUCUUUGCCCUCAAAGAUCACCCAAUUUCCCUUCCCCUGGCAGGAGUUUACAGGUAAGACACCAAACGUAACGGGGUGAGAGAUCAAAUAAUGGUCACCAGAUCGGGAUUCAAACCUGGACCACUCUAUAGUCAGGUGCUCAACCAAAUGAGCUUAUUGGCACUGGUUUUCAGACUGGUUUUACCAUCACAGUUUUAUGACCAUCCUACAAUUAUAAUGUGUGAAGACUUGCUAAAGAGUAUAUACAUGUGAAUAAUAUAUGCUGUGGUAUGCAGGGAGAAAACAUCAUAGUUGUUGAAUACUCAAAGUCAAACAAUGUCGGGAAAAGGAAUCAUCAUCAAUUAUAUCAAUCGCUGAAGCAGAGAUUUUCCCCAUGAAGAAACUAAUGAGAUUUAUUAACAGGGGAUCCAUCAUGGAGAAAAUUCCAGUUGUUAAAGAUGUGUUGAGACUGUAUGAAGAGGGAAAGGCCACUAGAGAUCCGAGAACAAAGGACCUGUUUAUGCUGUACGAUAACCCGGUCUACGUAUGGAUAAUAACUCUAGUGUAUAUUUUGUUUGUUACUCUGAUCGGCCCACGGUAUAUGAAAAACCGUCCGGCUUUCACCUUCCCUCGAUUCCUGGUGGUGUACAAUAGUAUAUUGGUGGUAUGGUCUACAUACAUGUUUGUCGAGAUAAUAGCCAGUGCAAUCCACGCUGAUUAUUGGAAAAAUGGAUUCUUAUGUUGUGUGUACAAUAAAGACACACAGAAGGACCCCAAAGAAGCUAGGAUGGCGAGGAUCAUACACAUGUUCUUCCUCUCCAAAAUAGUAGAACUGGUUGAUUCUGUUUUAAUGGUGCUAAGGAAGAAACAGGAGCAGAUCUCCUUCCUACAUGUGUACCAUCACUGUUCUAUAGUCAAUAUCUACUGGUGGGUCACCACUUAUAUACCAGGGGGCCAGUCCUGGUUUUGUAGCUCGCUGAAUGCAUUUGUACACAUUAUCAUGUACACCUAUUAUGCACUAGCAGCCAUCCCAUCUAUGAGGGGCAAAUUAUGGUGGAAAAAAUAUAUUACAAGAUUACAGCUGACUCAGUUUGUUUUGAUUUUUUUCCACACCAUCCAGACAACUUUCACGGGUUGUGACUUCCCCCUAUGGAGCCAUGUUCUUCUUAGCAGUUACAUGAUUUCUAUGAUGGUUCUGUUUGGAAACUUUUACUUACAAACUUAUAUCAAAAACAAAAGGGCAGGUUAUAAAAAGACUGAUCUGGCUCAAAAUGGGGUCAGCAAAAAUGGCAGUGUUACCCAUGGCAACAGUGUUAAUGGCCAUUCUAAUGGCAUCGCAAAUGGACACUCGAAAAGUGAUUGAUGCGAGCCUUCAAAAGCAGAAGUGAACAAAUGUAUGAUUAAGUUAAAAAGCAUCAUCUUGUUUUACCAGAUGGUGUAUUGAAACCUUUCUUAAUAUUAUAUUUGUUUGUAUUUGAAUGGAUAUAAUCAAUUCCAUGUAUGGUUAGAGAUCAGUGUACAGUAGAAAUCCAUCUUGAACAGUUAAAUUUUUUUGAAUUGCAGAGAAAUGAAAUAUGCAUAUCCUUUACAUAUUCUCUAUACCCCCACCCCCACCCAUUUAUGCAUUUUUAGUGUGAAGAAAUCAGUGAUCAUAAAUUGUUGCUUUAUGGCCAAAUCAGCUAUUUAUGAUGGACAUCUUUCAAUUAAAUCAGUACAGUGGAGCCUCAUUUAUCCAGAUAUUAAUGAUCUGGAUGUUUCACCUUCUGAAGACAUUUGAAUGGGACUCAAUAAUUAAAUGUUAUAUUAAGAUUCAUUAUUUGAAUGCUCUUGGAACAAAAUUGUUCUUUAUAGCAAUGCCUCACUGUACUUAUUUUGUACAUAAUUUUAAAACAUUUAGAAGACAUUUUUUUGCAUGUCAGAUUAUUUUUUUUACUAGAUGACUGAAAGUCAUAAAUUAUUUUUGGGUCAAUGAGUACAAAUGUGUGUAUCUUGAUUAUAUUGAUUUUUACUAAGUGCAACUUGAACAAAACUGUUGAAGAUUACAUAUUCUUGUUGUUAUAUAUUUUUUUUAUAUCUGAUGAUCAUUUUAUCUUGGUGCAAAAUGUAAAGUGUUGAUUUUUUUUUCAUAUGAAUACUGGUAGAUGUUUUUUUGUUGCUAAAUGACUAGUGAGAUGCAGAGAAUACCUUUUAGAUGAAUAGGUAUUCAAUUACCAACUCUUUUACUUUGAAAAUAUUUCUAGAUUUUUGGCAAGUUCUUUAGUGCCAUGAGAACUAGCAGAAAGUUUUUAUAUUUCUGGUUUGUGAAGCCUGUAAUUUUUUUUUCAACAGUUUGAAUGGAUGUUAGAAUGAAUGGUUGGACUGUUUCUUAAAUAUUAUUUUUCGGUGUUGUGAAUUUUGCUUGUUAUUAUCAUGUUUUAAUACCUGCGUCAUUGAGGCAGGACGUCAAAUUUCUCAAAGAUGUCAAAACUAUAACUGUCAAAACAUGGUGCUUAUAUGGACAGACUCCUGGUUUUUCUUUGCCUGUAUACUGAUGGAAUAUACUUUUAUAUAAAUAAAUGUGUGCAAUCAAUCCUCCUGCCCGAUACACCCCUCCCCCAUUUUUAAACUAACUGAACAUGGUUACUAACCUUUCUUUAAAGAAAAGUCUGUAAUACUGAACAUACAGAAAUCAAUAUCAUGAUAUAUUCAAUUCAAUCUAUUUUGAAAAAACAGAUAAAAAGUGUAUUUAGUUCAAAUAUUUUUGAUGCAUCUAUUAUUUGAGUGUUUGAAUUUGAUCGAGGCAUGAUGUGUAAUGAAUGCAAUAUCAUAUAUUUAGCUACAAAAAUUGUAAUGAGGAUAACGCUCUUCUUCAAGUGAUUUAUUUCUAUACAUGUAAUUUAUUAAUAUAGCCUAUUUUUGUCAUUGUGUACGAGGUAUAUAGGUGCAAUUCAUUGAUAUAUAUGUUGAUAAAAUGAAUGUACAUUUACUUGUACAUUUUAUAAUGUACUUAACUUUAAAGAACACAACUACUUAGGCAGAUACUUUAAGCUUUAUCAGCCAGUUUGUAAGAUUCCUCAAGUCCAAAGGACCAUAGUUCUGUUUGAUUUUCAUGAUUGUCCAGCUGCCAAAUUUCAACAGAAAAAGUGACCAGAAGGAAAUUGAGGAUUUCUGCAUUUGUUGACAUCUAUGUUGAUUCAUAACAGCCUGGAAAGCUAUAGAUACUAUAUAUGCACUGAUUUAUAUUGGUGUUUUAUACAUGUAGUACUGGGUACCGGUACUUUUUUUUUUUUAAAUUGAGAUACCUUGAUUAUUUUCUAAUUUUUUGUAUACAAUUUGUAGAAAUGAUAUUGUACCAUAGUCUACAAAUCAGGUUGUCUCUUUUCUACUUUUGGGAUGGAUUAUUAUUAUUAUUUUUAUUUUUUUGGUGUGGAGCUCCAAUUUCAGCUGUGUAAAUACAUGUAUUACAUGUUGAUUUUGUGUAAUAAUCUAAAUGGAUUAUACAUACAUGUACAUGUACUGGUUUUGGGGGAGGGACAUUCUUAGACCUGGGUUUGUUUGUCAAAAUGGAAAAUUUGGAACAUGACCUGGUCAUCUCUUGAAUUGGACUAUGGAACACAAACUGUUCUCUUUCGUAGACAUUUUUAUUGUAAGAUCAAACUCAUUAGGUAGAGGAAUUUAAAAAAACAUUUUGAUUUCAUUUGUAUCCACCUAUUCAUGCUUAUUUCUGUUAUAGAUUAUAUAGAUGUUGACUCUUGUUUACCAUUUGUAAUAGGGUAUUAAAUUUGAAACUUACA